AUGCCAUUUGAUGCGGGUCAGCACGACCUGUUCAGCUUCAACAAUGUUAAAUUCGACUUCAACAUCCGAUUCGAACAGCUUUUUCUCUCAAUCGUACCAUCCGUGCUCUUCAUUGUCGCAUCAUCAUGGCGAGCUGUCGCUCAAUUUCGAAAGCCUACAUUGGUCAAGGCACCGAUCUUCCAGUCAAUCAAAUUGGCCGCCAUCACUGCGUAUCUGGGCCUUGAGCUCACUCUUCUGGUCCUUGCAUCAUUGUCCAGAUUCCAAGCUUCGAGUAUAUUUCUGGCAGUAUCGGUUCUGAAGCUCCUAUCUGCUUUGACCAUGAUCGCCCUCAGUCUUGUUGAUCAUAACAAAAGUCCACGACCAUCAGUCCUCUUGGGAAUCUACCUAUCCUUGACCCUGCUACCAGACGCUACACAAGCAAGGACUUUCUUCCUGUCAUCAAAUGACGCUCCCGAAUGGACGUACAGCAGUGUCUUCUGCGCUGCCCUUGGCCUGAAAUUACUUAUUCUCCUUCUAGAGGCCAAGAAGAAGUCACAAUGGCUAGCCUGGGAUAAGAAAGAACAUAGCCCUGAGGAGACGAGUGGCAUUUUCUCCCUUGGUGUUUUUGCCUGGCUCAACAAAAUGUUCUUCGAUGGUUACAAGGGAGUCUUGACGACCGAUGAUCUCUACCCCCUCGAUAGCGCCUUGAAUGCGAAAACGCUGCACAGCAAAUUUGCGGCUCACUUAGAUUAUGCUAAGAUCAAGGGCGACAAGUACGGUCUCGUCAAGACACUAACACGCACCCUUCUGGGCCCUUUGCUCGUACCCAUCAUACCCCGUCUGGCUCUGCUUGCGUUCACAUUCUGUCAGCCACUAUUCAUCGGAAAGAUGUUAGAUUACCUCUCAAGCCCCGAACUUGACGCGAAUAUUGGCUACGGUUUGAUCGGAGCCAGCGUUCUGAUAUACUCUGGAAUUGCUAUUUCCACCGCUUUGUACUGGUACUUCUACCAUCGAGUUCGCACGAUGACUAGAUCCGUACUCAUUACUGAGAUCUACCUCAGAACAACACAAGCUCGUAUCGAUGUCUCCGACGAGAACGCCGCAGUGACCCUGAUGAGUACCGACAUGGAGCGCAUCGAUUUAGGGUUCAGAUCUCUACAUGAAGUCUGGGCCAGCGUUAUACAAGCCGCUAUUGCUAGCUGGCUGCUGUACAACCAAUUGGGCAUAGUCUUCGUGGCACCGAUCGGAAUCGUACUUGCUUCCUUCAUUGUUCUUGUGAUCUUCAUGAAAUUCGCAGGGGACUCUCAAAGAGCAUGGAUGACAGGAGUUCAGAAGAGAGUGGGCUUGACCGCAACUGUCAUUGGUUGUAUGAAGAAUUUGAAACUUUCCGGACUUUCAGGAGCUGUCGAAAAGUUCAUACAGAAGCUUCGCGUUGAAGAACUUGCGUCUGGUGCUCGCUUCCGAAAGUUGUCCAUUGUCGCUGCAUUCCUCGGCUUCUUACCGUUUUUGCUUGGGCCGCCUUUGACUUUCGCUUUUGCACAGAGAACACUGAAUGUCUCCAAGACCUUCACCAGUCUUUCAUACUUGACGCUGUUGACGAAUCCACUGACGCAGAUCUUCCAAGCAGUCCCGCAAGUGCUGUCUGGACUGGCUUGCCUGAGCCGUGUACAAAGUUACUUGGAAUGUGAAACCCGCGAAGACUUCCGCCGGAUGAUUGACAGAAGGUUGCGAAGUCUUGAGAAGUCUUCGGAACUCUCUCAAGAACCUGCAACAUGUCAUGAGUCACAGAGUGUGGUCAUGUUCAAAGAUGCGAAGUUCGCGUGGGAGGCGGACAAAUACGUUCUGCACGACAUCAACACACAGAUCACGAGGGCAGCUCUUACGAUUGUGGUGGGAUCUGUUGGCUCAGGGAAGUCAACAUUCUGCAAGGCACUCCUGGGUGAAAUUCCAUUCUAUGAGGGCGAGGUGACACUCAAUGCUAGUGUUCCACAUGUGGGUGUUUGCGAACAAACAGCUUACCUCUCGAACGGGUCUCUCAAAGACAACAUUAUUGGGUUCUCUUCUUACGACGCUCAGCGGUACGCCGAAGUGAUCGAGGCCACAGCCCUGACAUUUGACCUGGACACGCUUCCACAAGGCGAUAUGACGAACAUCGGAUCCGAUGGUAUAACGCUGUCAGGUGGGCAGAAACAACGUGUUUCACUUGCACGAGCGCUUUACCUGCAUACAGACCUACUUGUUCUCGAUGAUGUUUUCAGUGGCCUUGAUGCCGAUACUGAAGAGAAGGUUUUUGAUCGCGUCUUCGGCCCUAACGGCAUACUCAGGCAGCGCAGAACGACCGUCGUGCUCUGCACGCAUAGUGUCAGCCAUUUACCUUUGGCAGACUACAUCAUAGCUCUUGGAGGUAACACUAUUGCUGAACAGGGCAACUUUGACAAGCUGAUGAGCAGCCAAGGCUACGUUCAGCAAUUGCGAACGUGGAAGCUUUCCCCUAGCAAGACUUUAGCUGAACCGACACAACCAAAGCAUACUCAGCAGGAACCAAAAGUCUCCAUACUGUAUAAAUCAACAUCUCGAGCAUCAUCUUUGACAACCAAAAGUCGCGCUGCAAGACAAAAUGGCGAUGCAACUGUCUACAAACAUUACUUAAAAGCUAUGGGCUGGGUCUUGGCUACACUGGGGAUAUUCUUCGCAGCUCUUUGGGGAUUUUUCACGAACUUUCCAACAAUUUGGCUCACUUACUGGUCGGACGAUGUUGAGAAAAUCCAUCCCGCACACACUUGGGCUUACUAUGCUGGCCUAUACGCGUUUCUGCAAGUUUCUGGGCUCAUCUCCCUCCUUUUGCUUGCUAUCGUCAUCUUCGUCGUCUCGGUUCAGAAGGUUGGCGCCAAUAUUCACAAGGAUGCUCUACAGACGCUCAUUCGAGCACCUCUGAGCUUCUUCACUGGCACAGAUACAGGAGUUGUGACGAACCUUUUCUCGCAAGAUCUCAACCUGGUGGAUACAGAAUUGCCAAACGCACUCCUAAACUUUCUGUUUUCUGCAUUCUCGGCGAUUGGACAAGCAGCAGUCAUGCCCACAUCAUCACCUUACAUGGCUAUCAGCUACCCGUUCUUGGCUGUUCUAUUGUACUUUGUACAGAAGUUCUACCUUAGGACCGCUAGACAGUUGAGGUUGCUUGAUCUGGAAGCUAAGAGUCCCUUGUACACUCAUUUCCUUGACACCGCCAAAGGUAUCUCCUCUUUAAGAGCUUUCGGCUUUAUGUCCGAAGAGCUUGACAAAAAUGCACACCUGGUCAACGACAGUCAACGCCCUGCAUACCUUCUGGUCAUGGUUCAACAAUGGUUGAAUCUUGUGCUCGACAUUGUAGUAAUGAUUAUGGCUGCAGUCUUGACGACUCUUGCAGUUCGUAUGCAUUCUAGCUCUGGAUUCACCGGUGCUUCGCUCGUUACUCUCAUGAGUUUUGGUGAGAAUCUUUCAGGUAUCGUCAUCUUCUACACAAAGUUGGAAACUUCUAUCGGCGCAAUCGCCAGGCUCAAAACAUUCAAUGAGACUGUAACUCCGGAAGACAAGGAUGGCGAGGAUGUUGUUCCUUCUUUGCAAUGGCCUGACACCGGCACAAUAUGCUUGAAAGGAGUUUCUGCUAGCUACAGCAGUUCCGAGACUUCGAACGACGAAACAGACAACUUGGCGUUGAAGAACGUCAAUUUGACCAUCAACUCUGGAAAGAAGAUUGCCAUAUGUGGUCGUACAGGCAGCGGCAAAUCCAGUCUUAUUGCCCUCUUCCUCAAGCUGCUCGAUCCUACAUCAGCAACGUCAGCCAACAUCUCAAUCGACGGCUUGCCACUUCAAAGGAUCGACAGAUGGGCUUUGAGGCAACGCCUACUUGCAGUACCUCAGGAAGCUGUGUUCCUCCCCGACGGAACAAGUUUCAAGGAAAACCUGGAUCCGCUCAACGUUUCAACUUUUCAAGAAUGUCAACAAGCCCUCGAAUCUGUCGGUAUGUGGCACUUCAUUCUCGGAAAAGGCGGCCUCGUCGCAAGCAUGUCCGCUGGAACCCUCAGCGCAGGGCAACGCCAACUCCUCUCCCUCGCCCGCGCACUACUCCGCAGACGCCAUCGAUCACAACAAGGCACCGAUACCGGUAUCUUGCUUCUCGACGAAGUCAGUUCAAGCGUCGACCAAGCUACUGAAAAAGUCAUGCAACAAAUCAUCAAGACUGAGUUUGAGAAGUAUACUGUUGUAGCGGUUAGUCAUCGCUUAGACAUGAUUAUGGAUUUUGACAGUGUUGUUGUUAUGGACAAGGGAUGUGUUGUUGAAGUUGGGAAUCCGCAAGUUCUUGCUGGGGAGAUUGGAACUAGGUUUGGUGAGUUGGUGAGGGCUGGGGAGUAG